AUGGGGGAGCGGCGCCUCCCCGGCACUUCUAGGUGUGGGGCGCAGCGGCCCCGCCUCCAUCCCCCUCGCAGCGGGAGCACAAAGCGGGGGCAGCCGAAACCGCCGCUGAGCCUUCGCCUCCGGGGCGCAGCCGAGCACACAAAGGCGGCCCCGCGCCCGCGGGGCGCGCAGCCCUCCCCUUCUCCGCACUUACCUUUAGCAGCACAAAGAGCCAGAGCAGGCAGGAGCGGGCCCCCGGUCCACCCCGGGCUCCCCGCCGGCGGCGGUCGGGCAUCGGGGAGCGCGGUGGCCGCGGCCCGCGGGAGCGGCCGGGCGGGGGAGGCUGCGGCUCCUCUGCCCCCCGGCCCCUCGCAGCUGUACCUCGCCUCCCUCCGCCCGGCUCCGAGCCGUGCCCGGCAAUGGCGAAUUGCGGCAGCAUCAGGCGGCCGGCGGCGGCGCCGACCUCCCCGCCGAGCCGCGCAUCCUGCCGCCCCCCGCCCUUUUAUUUGGGAUUUGCGGCGGGGGGAGGAGGAGGAGGAGGAGAAGAAAGAGGAGGCGGCGGUGGGGUGGGUGUCUCCGCUCACAGGAGUUUCGGCGAUCUCGCCGCUGCACGGGAAAAGAAGGGGUGGGGAGAGCCGCCACGGGCGCCGGCAGCGCGGUGUGCCUACGGGAGCGGCCACGGCACCCCGAGGGCUGACAACCCGCAGCCGCCGCCCCGCGCCUCUCCCCCGGCACCUCCUCUCCCCGUGCGCAGGAGGCAAAGCGCAGCCCCGGCCCCUGCCGUUGUUUUCCUAA